AUGGAGAAAGGUGAGGAUUCAAGUACAUUCGAAAUGGGGAAUUCUGCACAAGAGAGGAGCUUACCGUAUGUACCCGAUUGUUAUGUCGUCCCGCCUUCUUGCCAACCAUGCGAUUCAGAUUCCGAAAUCGUACCCACGAUUGAUGUUUCUCGGCUGAAAGGUGCCGAUGAUGAACGUCGAGAGGUUAUUCGAGAGCUAAGUUUGGCAUGUCAGCAUCUUGGUUUUUUCCUAAUAGUGAACCACGGAAUAAACCAGGACAUACUAGAUGACGCCUUGGAGGUUGCAAAGGGCUUCUUCGAGCUACCAGCGAAGGAGAAAAAGAAGUUUAUGUCAAACGAUGUGUACGCACCGGUUCGGUACAGUACAAGUCUUAAGGACGGUUUGGACAAGAUCCAGUUCUGGAGGAUUUUUCUAAAGCACUAUGCACAUCCUCUUCAUCGUUGGAUUCAUCUUUGGCCUGAGAAUCCACCCGGAUACAGGGAAAAAAUGGGAAAAUUCUGCGAGGAAGUGAAGAAGCUAUCGAUAGAGAUAAUGGGAGCAAUAACGGAGAGCCUAGGGUUAGGGAGAGACUACCUGUCGUCUCGGAUGGACGAAAACGGCACGCAAGUCAUGGCCGUUAACUGCUAUCCACCGUGUCCGAGUCCUGAGAAGGCGCUAGGCCUGCCGCCGCAUUCAGACUAUAGCUGCAUCACCAUCCUUCUACAGAACUUGGCCGGUCUUAAGAUCUUCGACCCAAUGGCUCAUGGUGGAUCUGGCCGCUGGGUUGUUGUCCCACAAGUCACAGGUGUACUUAAGGUCCAUAUUGGUGAUCAUGUGGAAGUGCUAAGCAAUGGAUUAUACAAGAGCGUCGUUCAUAAAGUCACUUUAAAUGAAGAGAAGACGAGAAUCUCCCUCGCGAGCUUGCAUAGCUUGGAUAUGGACGAUAAGAUGAGAGUACCGUGCGAAUUGGUUAACGAUGAAAAUCCGGUACGGUACAAAGAGAGCAGCUUUAAAGAUUUUCUUGAUUUUCUAGUCAAGAAUGACAUUUCUCAAGGGGAUAGGUUCAUUGACACUCUCAGAAUCAAGGACUGAGUCGAACACGUUGUGGUUCAAGGUGUGUACGAGUAAGAUAUCCCGGUUUGGU